AUGCAAAAUUUUGAAAUAAGUGAUGUAAAUUUCGAUGACCGUAAAAAGAAAUACGACAUGAAUGCCAUUCAUUUCCAAAAAACAAUGGCUGAGAUUUCAAAGUUGAGAUCAAAGUCAUUACUAUUCGAUAUUGUUAUCAAAACUGGAGAUAAAAGUUUUCAGGCUCACAAACUCCUCCUGGCUGCAAGUUCUGAUUACUUUCGAGCCAUGUUUACAGCAAAUGGAAAAAUUCUUGAGCUUGAAAAGUCAGAAAUACAAAUCGAUGGCAUCUCAGCUGUUGGAAUUGAAAACGUACUGAAUUUUAUUUACACUGCCAAGUUAGAAUUAUCAUUAAUGAAUGUCCAAGAAGUCUUAUCAGCUGCAAAUUAUUUUCAACUUCCAACAGUGAUUGACGCUUGCCUAAAUUUCCUUGAAGGUGAACUUGAUACUGAAAAUUGCAUUGAUAUGCUCAUCAUAGCUGAAAAUUAUUCGCUGAUUUCUUUACGUGAUAAAAUUUUGAAGUUUAUUUGUGCUCAUAUCUCGGAGAUUUCUAAAAGUGAAGAAUUUUUGAGACUCCAAGACAAUCAAAUUGAGAAAUUAUUGUCAUGUGAUCUUCCCGUUGAUUGCACUGAGACGGAAAUUCUUCGAAUAACGUUAACUUGGUUGAUUAACUGCAGAAAUGAUUUGAAAAAUUUACCGAGAAUAUUAAGAAACAUAAAUUUUAAGGAAAUUCCAGUGAAUGAAGCUGAAAAAGUCAUGAAAGCAUUAGAAAUUAAGAGAACCGACCCACUAUACACUGCCGUAUGGAGUCAAACAAUUCCCUUCCAAAACUCAUCAAAAUCAUCAAAUGACAAUAAAUUACUUAAUCAUCGUGGAAUGGAAUUAGCAAUAAUAAAAAUUGGUGGAUUUGAAAUGACUGGCAUCACAAAUGAAAUUACUUACUCAUUUCCAUCAUUUGACUCAUUAUCAUUGCCAUCAAUUCAAGAGCCAUGGAGAUAUUUAACGGAAAUACCACACAUUAAGCAGGGAUCAUAUGGAAUAUCAGUAUUAAACAAUUGUAUUUAUGUGAUUGGUGGUAGUUAUGAUAUAAAUUUAGACAAUGAAGAUGUGCAUCCAUUUGGCUUCAAGUACAAUCCACUUACGUCCGAAUGGAGUACAAUUAAGCCAAUGAACUUCGAUCGAUGUCGAUUCUCGUUAAAUGUCAUUGAGGGAUCACUCAUCGCAGUUGGUGGACAUUCAGAAGGUCUUUUUCAACGACAUUUGGAGAAUAAUGAAGGACAAAAUGUCGCGACUGCUGAACGAUAUGAUGUUAAUACUGAUAGCUGGACAAUACUUACAUCCUUACCUGAAUAUCGUUCACAACAUGCUGGUGUAAGUUACGAGAAAAUACUCUUCAUAUCUGGCGGAAUUGAUCAUUAUGGAAAUGUCCUCGAGUCAUUUUAUCAAUACGACAACAGCACAGACAGAUGGACAAAAAUCUGCAAUUUAACACCGCGUGCUGAUCAUGUCAUGUUGCGUGUUGAUAAAAAGAUCUACAUUUGUGGUGGAUGGAAUGAAAUUGAUGGACAGAGGAGAUUGGUCUCAGCCAUUGAGUGUUAUGACAUGAAAACAUCAACUAUAAGUACAAUUACAAAUAUACACACGCCACGAUUUCAUGCUGGAAUCACGCUGAUCAAUAAUAAAAUUUAUGUCAUUGGAGGAUUUGCGACGGAUGACAUCUUCCGUCACACAGCAACAAAGAUUGAAAUUUAUGACAUAAUUGAGGAUAAAUGGUAUUUCCCGGACAAAUAUCCGAAGCACGUUUGGGAACACAGUCUGACUACGAUUUACAUACCGAAAGAAGUUGAAAUUAAGUAA